UGUGAGUUGAGUGAUGAUGAAGGCUGAAUUUCGUUUCUCAGUCUCUUUCCAUACGAAAUGCCAGCUUACGAUAAACUUCGACUGUACACGUCUGACGAGGCGUUUGUGCUGCAGCCUGCGACGGGCGCUGACAUUGUGCUCUUCAUCGACCGCGUCAACCACUCAAUGCAACCUCGCUCUGCACGUGAUGUUGAGGCCCAGAUGCACGCCGGCGUGACGCGCGAGGUCGCGGCAUUGCUCGGUGUCAUCCACCUGCUCGCCGGCCCGUACCUUCUGCUCAUCACCAAGAAGCAGCUGGUCGGUCGCCUCGCUGGAUCGGACAUUUUCAAGGCUACCGAGAUUGAGAUGAUUCCGUUUGCACGCUCGCACCGCCACUUGUCCGAGGCCCAGAGCGCCGAUGAAAAGUCGUAUGUUGCCAUGAUCAACUCGAUGCUGGCUUCGGGCGCCUUCCACUUCUCGUACUCGUACGAUCUGACCCACACGCAGCAACGCCUCUACACCGACGACAAGCAGUUUGCGCACCAAGCCAUGCACGAGCGUGCUGAUGAGCGCUUCUAUUGGAACAAGUAUUUGCACCAGGCAUUCCGCGAUUCCCGCGAUCUCCGCGAUUUCCUCGUUCCUGUCAUCCAUGGAUUUGUCAGCAUCAACCAGUUGAACGUCAAGGAUCGCUCAUUGCAGUUUGUCCUCAUUUCGCGCCGUAGUGUCUACCGAUCGGGCACGCGCUUUAACGUCCGAGGCAUCGACGAAAGCGGCCACGUCGCCAACUUUGUCGAGACGGAGCAAAUCGUGGAGGUCAACGGCCAAGCGGCAUCGUACGUGCAGACGCGAGGCUCUGUGCCGCUGUUCUGGUCCCAGCGCGCCAACAUCAAGUACAAGCCCUCGAUUGUUGUCAACACGGAUGCCGAUCACUUCUCCGCCUUCCGCAAGCACUUUGACGAGCAGCAGCGAAUCUACGGCAAGAGCCAAGGCCUUCUGAGCUUGGUCGAUCACAAGGGCGGCGAGCUGCGCCUGCACGAGGGCUUUGCUCAGCAAGUGGUCAUGGCAGGCGACACUGGGCUGCGAUUCAUCGGCUUUGACUUCCACAAGGAGUGCAAGAACAUGAAGUACCAAAACUUGAAAAAGCUGCUCGAUCAGAUCGCCGGCGACAUGGAGAAGCAGGGCUACUUUUUCAUUGACAACAACAAGGCUGUGCGCCACCGCCAGAAUGGCGUCUUCCGCACCAACUGCGCCGACUGCCUCGAUCGCACCAACGUCGUGCAGUCCAUGAUUGCGCGCCUUGUGCUGCAGCGCCAGUUGCAGGAGCUUGGCGUCAUUGCUCCGGGCGAGCUGGUCGAGCAGCAGGUCGAACUCGAGCGCCGCUUCAAGAAUGUCUGGGCCGACAACGCCGAUGCUGUGAGCUUCCAGUACUCUGGCACCGGUGCCCUCAAGACCGACUUUACUCGCACUGGCAAGCGCUCCCUGGCUGGCGCGAUGCAGGACGGCUACAACUCGGCCAUCCGCUACUACAAGAACAAUUUUGCCGAUGGCUUCCGUCAGGAUGGUGUGGCGCUCUUCCUCGGCACCUACCGCGUGGACCCCCAGGUGGAUUCGCCUCUCCGCGAGGUUGCAAAGCGCCUACGAAUGCUCCCGUUGAUUUCGGCGGUUGUUUUCGCAAUGCUGGUGUUGAGCCUGAUGUUCCCUGCGACCGACGACAGCGUGCUGCACGUUGCGUACGUCCUGUUCUGGGUGCUGGCACUUGUGGUGUCGAUUCGCACGAUCGUCACGUACGGCAACGAGUUUGUCGACCACCCUCGGCUGACCUCGUUCUCGGUCAAGGAGAAGAUCUUUUAAACUAUGUUCUCGCACCGGGCGAUGGGUUGUUGAGCGUGUGACUGUUUUCUUCUGGUGUGUUGUGUUGUCGUUGCCUCGCUCUUGUGGCUUUUGUGCAAAAACGAAAGGCUGUCAUUUGUCC